CGCAGACCCUGCAAAAAGGCUGGAGCUGUAUUUCCGCCCCAAGGAUCCCUACUGCCAUCCCGUAUGCGCCAACCGCUUCCCCACCUCCACCAUGCUGCUCAAGGUGAGGAGGAGGACCAAGAAGAAGAAGCAGAAGCAGCUGGACACUGAAAAACAAAUUGAGCCCGAAGUCAAAUUUGAAAUGGAAGUUGUGGGGACUGUCACCACUGUUUACAAAUUUCAAGGAAUGUCUGAUUUCCAGUACCUGGCAAUGCACUCCGGACCUGAUGGCAAACAAACCUCCAUGUAUGACAAAGUCCUAAUGCUCAAACCAGAGAAAGAAGAAUUCUUCAAUAGAGAGUUACCUCUCUACAUCCCUCCGCCAAUUUUCUCACGUCUGGACACUCCUGUUGACUAUUUUUAUCGGCCAGAUAUACAACACCGGGAUGGAUACAACAAUCCUCAGGUGUCUGGUGAGAACCUGAUUGGCCUGAGCAGAGCCCGUCGCCCACACAACGCUAUCUUUGUGAACUUUGAUGAUGAAGAAAUCCCAACUAAACCACUGGAUGCUGCUGUACAGACCUGGAAGAAAGUGUGCACUAAUCCUGUGGAUAAAAAGGUGGAGGAAGAGCUGCGUAAGCUUUUUGAAGUCCGUCCUAUCUGGUCUCGGAACGCAGUAAAGGCCAAUAUCAGUGUUCAUCCAGACAAGCUGAAACUUCUGUUGCCAUAUUUGGCCUAUUACAUGCUAACAGGUCCCUGGAGAAGCUUAUGGGUUAGGUUUGGGUAUGACCCCAGAAAACACCCUGAAGCAAAAAUUUAUCAAGUGCUGGACUUCCGAAUUCGCUGUGGAAUGAAAUACGGUUAUGCCCCUAAUGAUAUGCCAGUGAAAGCAAAACGCAGCACGUAUAACUACAGUCUACCCAUCACUGUCAAAAAGCCAGUAAGCCAUACAGUCAGUAUACAUGAUCUGAAACAAGGGCUUGGUACUUCUGGGGCAUCCACUUCAAAAAAGCCUGCCUCCAGCAGGUACAAGCUGAAGGAAUCUAUCUACAUUUUCCGAGAAGGAGCCUUACCACCUUAUCGGCAGAUGUUCUACCAGCUCUGUGACUUGAACGUGGAAAGCUUACAGAAAAUCAUCCGUCGGAAUGAUGGUGCAGAAUCAGAAUGCACAGAGCGGGAUGGGUGGUGCCUUCCAAAGACUAGUGAUGAUCUGCGAGAUACCAUGUCUCUGAUGAUAAAGCAGAUAAUCAGAUCCACAAGACCUGCUCUUUUCUCAAGUACAACAAGCAGUGAAGAUGGCAAAGAGCAGCUGACAUAUGAGUCUGGAGAGGAUGAGGAUGAUGAGGAGGAGGAGGAGGAAGAGGACUUCAAGCCUUCUGACGGGAGUGAAAAUGAAAUGGAAACAGAAAUUCUGGACUAUGUAUGAAUUCAGUGAGCAGUUUGGCUGCGGUUGGAUAGACUCUUCUGUUUUGUUUCUCAAGUGCUGAGGGAUUAGCAACCGUGCACAGGACGUGGGGAAGCAGAGCUUGUACUGAGAUGCCAGCUACUCAUCUGACACUGAAUGUGGUGCCUGCUGAUGGCCAUCAUUCUGGAUGUUUAGGAGCCAUUGCCUACAUUUUUGUAACUGCUGGCCAAAAAGCCCUCAUAAAAUUGAUGCCAUGGAGAUACUGUUUUCUUGCCAGGCUCCAAAUGGCAUUUACUGUCGCAGCUCUUGCUAGUUCAAGUGAGGUCAGUGGUCCCUUCGCUUGCUCUGUUUCCCAUAGCCGUUACGCAAUUGUGUUUUUAUUGUCCUCCUCUAACAAACUGCAGCUUCAAUGUGGACUCGGAAGAAGGAUGAGCUCUUCUUGGGCAACCGUGGUGGCUGGUCUGCUCAGUUUAGAUAUCGUUGCCUCUUAUAACGUUGAGAGCAAAUUUGUUCUUGUUUGUUCCGGUAUAAGAGACUUAGCCACCCUUGACCUCAACUGUAAUUAGACAGCAUUCAACCGAUUUAACCUUUUCUUAAGCUUGGGAGACCACACAAUUCUUGGAUCUGUCAUCUGGGUCAGCUGGUAAAAUUCUGAAUAAAAUUAACUCCAUAAGGAGAAUUGCAGGAAUUAGUUCACUACCGACACUUCAUCAGGAGGCUCUGAGGAGUGUCAGGCAAGCUGGCUUAAAUCUAUCAGAGCCUGCAAAAGGAGCUGUUCAUAAUUAUACCUAUGCGAGAGGCAAAUUAUUAUUUCUAACCUAGCCCUGGGAGAGCAGAUGCUAAGAAGCCACCUGCCCACAUGGCAGAGGAUGUAGUAUUGCGAACAAGUUGAAUGUCCAGUUCCCCAAAAGAACACAAAAACUUGGUUUUUAAUAAAUACCUCCUUUUCCCAAUAGCA